CAGAUUUCACUUUGCUAUUUUGCUGGCGAGUGGUGGCCAUGCGCGCUGCGUCCACAACACUUCUGUUAUAGGCAAAUUUAUGUUGAAUUUGUUGUGAGCAUUUUGGUCUUUUGACCUUAAAAGCCUGGAAAUGCAUAAAUUGAAACUAUCACAGCGAGAUAAAGUUAAAAAAUUCAUAGCGUUUACUCAAACUGGAGAACAAACUGCAAUAUAUUGCCUUUCUCAAAAUGAAUGGAAACUGGAGCUGGCUUCAGACAACUAUUUUCAAAAUCCAGAUGUGUACUACAAAGAGCCAAAGGUUACAGUUGACAGGAAAAAACUGGAACUCUUGUUUUCUAAAUAUAAAGAUCCGGCAGAGCCAGACAAGAUGACUGCGGAAGGUAUUAUGAAGUUUCUUGAUGAUUUAAAUCUCAGUCCGGAAUCCAAAUUAGUGCUAAUAAUAGCAUGGAAGUUUCGAGCUGCUGCUCAAUGUGAGUUUUCACGAGAAGAGUUCAUGACAGGAAUGACAGAGCUAUGUUGUGACAGUGUAGAGAAGCUGAAGUGUCGAUUGCCCUCCCUGGAAAACGAGCUCAAAGACCAGAACAAGUUUAAGGACUUUUACCACUUUACGUUUAACUACGCCAAGAACCCAAAUCAGAAGGGUUUAGACCUCGACAUGGCCAUUACCUACUGGAAUAUUGUACUUAGAGGCAAAUUCCGUUUUUUGGAUCUCUGGUGCCAGUUUCUUCAGGAACAUCACAAAAGAUCAAUACCAAAAGACACCUGGAACCUGUUGUUGGACUUUGCCAUGGUCAUCAACGACGACAUGUCCAAUUACGACGAGGAGGGCGCGUGGCCGGUGCUGAUAGAUGACUUUGUCGAGUGGGCGCAGCCGCAGGUCAGCCGCAACGAACCUCACAGCACGCAAGUCUAGUGCGACGAACAGACUCACCAAGUGAUGUGUACAUAAGCGCCUAGGUUAAAAGCUGUCGUUUUUUCAUCGCCCUUUGUGUGUACUAGUGUCACUAAACACUUUUUUUAACAAAUUUAUUUGUACAUCUUUUGUUGUAUAACUCGGCUGUUUUGUUAAAUCGAGUGUUACAUGCAAAGGUUGUUGGACAGUUAUUUAUUUCGUUGAGGACGGUCGCGUCUUCAGUGAUCAUUCCUAAGUAAAUAUACAUUUAUAGAUUGCAUUUUUAUUAAAAUAUUAAAACCUUGUUUUA